GAGUCCGAGAGUUAUCCAUUGACAUUUACCAUAAAUAAAUAAGAUCACAUGAACGAGGAAUUCCACAAUAAUGAAUUGACGCCAACAAUUCCACCGAUUUUACACUAUUUUUCCUCAAUCAUCUUGAUGACGUAAUAAAUGAAGUAAUCAAGAGGAGUCACGGAUGAUUCCGAGAUAAGGAUAACGUGACGUCGCGUUGGAUACCUGCGUGUUUAUACAGGACUUGUUUACAAUGGUUUCAUCAGUAAAUAACGAUGCUACAAUUUUUUAAGAAAUCAGGAUCAAGAGAGAAGCCUCGAUCGUCUCCCAGUUCUCCAGCGACCUCGCCAACCCUCGAGAGACCCCUAGGAGGCGAUGGGAACCCCUCGAGAGCCCACCCUGUCCCCUCCCACAGUCUCGAAGAGGAGGAGGAGGACGACGAGGAGUCGGUUUCGAGCCUGAAACUCGAGAUCUGCACGUCCAGGCUCUCCAAGACCCUCGCCGAGAUCCUGAACGACAAAGAUGCUCUCGGGUACUUCCUCCAGUUCAUGGAGAGCAGGAACAGACUCGCCGUCAUCAAGUGCUGGAUGGAAGUCGAGUGUUUUCGAGGGACAGAGGACAAUUACGAUGGAUUCAAUUCGAAUAAUCAGGGGGAUAAUGUAAAUAAAAAUGAUGUUGAGGCACCAAAGAAUAGGUUUAGAGCCUGGAGGACCAUUGACGAGGAGUCUGGAGGCUCUGGGGUCGUCCAGGAUGCUCUCAGAGUCUACAAUAAAUAUAUUGUUAAGGAUACGUUGAGGAUAAAUGUGGAUUCGGGGUUGAAGAGUCAGAUGGAAGAGGCUGUUGGGAGUUCUGAUCAUCCAGGGCUUAUUAAGGGCCUUCUGGAGGUUCAGAAGACCAUUUUUCGAGUCCUCAAGGAUGAAUUUAUCGACGAUUUUUUGAGGAGUGAAUUCCAUUGUAAACAUCAGAUCGAUGUGUUGACGAGUGGAGACGUGAAAUUGGCGGAUAUUUUGUUCAACGAAACUGCUUUUUUCUACUUCAUGGAGUUUAUGGAGCUGGAGAACAAGAGAGAAUUGCUGGAUUUUUGGAUGUCAGCAGUGAGUUAUAAACAGAACUUGGUGGGGAAGGGGUACUAUGAUCCUAUGGAAGCCCAGAGUGACGCGCUCAUCAUCUACGAAAAGUACUUCAGUCUGCAGGCCACAAUGCCCCUGGGUUUCAGCGAUAAAAUAAGAUUCCAAGUCGAGCAGAACAUCUGCACAGAGGGUGGAGAUGGUCCCCAUCCCGACUGCUUCGAAAAGCCCAGUAUCAUUGUAUAUAACUUCCUCAGUAAGCAUUAUCUCCCAGCGUUCUUAUCUUCCCAACUGUAUUACAAAUAUCUCUCCGAGCUGAUCAGCACCAUUCAGAGCAGCGCCUGCGGACAUCCUCGAGUCAAACGUGCAGGGUCAGACUGCAGCAGUGAAGUCAGCACUUUGAGCAUUGGAACACACGACACGUCUCAGAAUUCACACUCUGAUGAGAUUAAUCAGCAUUCGAACAGACAGAAGAUGAAUGGGAGUAUGAGUAUUGAUGCUAGACAAUUGUAUGAUCCCGAUUCUUUGUGGAGACGUACUAAAUGCAAUCUAAGUGUUGGAUACGUCGACAGUUUGGGAAGAUUCGUAACAGAGAUUGAUCCAGAUCCGCAAAGAAAAUACGAGUCAAGAUUAUCGAGAGCAGUGAAGAGAUUCAUACACCUAGAGCAGGAUAAGGCUAAAGAAGAGCUAGCAUGGAAAAUAGCUGAGAUGAUAGUCCGAGAGAUCACCUCCCUGACCCUAGGAGUGCAGGAGUUACGUUCCUAACUAAUUAAAAAUUACCUAGAAUUUAUUCGUUCGUCUGCCUACAUUGAGAAUGCAAUUCUCGUGCCAAAAUUACGAAAGCUGUUAUUUUCAAUCAGCAAGAGUAUUUUUUUAAUUACUUACACACGCGAUUCGAAUUUCAUCCUCAGUCGGAGCUUUUCAAGUGAUUUAAAAAAAAAAAUGAUAAUCAAAUCGUGAAGAGAAUUUUUAUAAGAUAUUUUUCCUACUUAAGUGAGAUUAUUACAUAGUAUUUUUAACGUUUAAGUGUUGAUUGCUAUAAUUUUCCUAGUUCGUGUGGUGCUGAAUUGUUGGGCACUGAUUCAACAACGAUUUGGUGAAAAUUUCUUCCGAUUGCGAAAUGUCUUCAGGCCAUGACAGUGUUCUCUUCGAUGUUUUCGGAACAUUUCUGUUUUAGGACUUUGGUUUUCGUGAAAAAUGUACGGAAAAGUAGUGUUCUGUGACUGUACAUAAUAGACAUGCAUAAUCUUUGUUCAUGAUAUGAUAACUGAGUAAAUAAAAGAUAAUUUUUCACAA